AUGAGUACGAUAAUGUCGAUUGCAGUUUUAUUUAUCGCUGUCGGUAUUUGGAAUAUGGAUCCGGGAAAAGAUUCUAUUAUUUAUCGUAUGACUACAACUAGGAUGAAAAAGGAGUGA